UCUGAAAAAGAAAAUCCAAAAAGAUCAUAAAAGAAAAAGAAAAUUCAAAAAUAUCAGAAAAUAAAAAGACUCCUCUUAUUCUAAACAUAAGAGACAGGGAGACGAAGGAAGAGCGUCAGAGAGAGAGAUGGGACAGGAGGAGCAAAGCUCAGUGGGAGUGGGAGAAGAAGAAGAAGAAACAAGAGAAGUGGUAGAGAAGGAGGAGGUAGAGACAUGGAACCAAAUGAAGCAAACCCUUAUACUUGAAAUCUCCUCAAAGCUCAUCCAUGGUGAUCUGGAGGCCAAGAUUGAAGCCGCCAGAGAUAUCAGAAACUUGGUCAGAAAGUCUUCUUCUUCGUCACCGUCUUCGUCUUCCAAGACCCGGUCAAAGUUGGGCGCGGCUGGUGUGAUAUCACCUUUGGUGUUGAUGCUGUGCUCUCCUAACCCAGAUGCACGCCAAGUCUCUCUCCUCGCUCUCCUCAACCUCGCUGUCCGCAAUGAACGAAACAAGGUCAAAAUUGUGACAGCUGGAGCCGUCCCUCCUCUUGUUGAGCUCCUCAAGUUCCAAAAUGGUAGUUUAAGGGAUUUAGCCACUGCAGCAAUCUUAACACUCUCAGCUGCUGCACUGAACAAGCCAAUUAUUGCAGAUUCUGGAGCUGCACCUCUCCUGGUUGAGAUCCUCAGCUCUGGAAGUGUUCAAGGAAAAGUUGAUGCUGUGACUGCCCUACACAACCUCUCUAGCUGUCAAGAGAACUCAACUGAUAUUCUGGAUGCUACAGCCGUUCCCCCUCUUAUCAACCUUCUCAAAGAAUGCAAAAAGUAUUCCAAGUUUGCCGAAAAAACUACUGCCCUUCUUGAAAUCCUAUCCAACUCUGAAGAAGGGCGUAUUGCAAUCUCAAACUCAGAUGGUGGGAUAUUAACCUUAGUAGAAACCGUUGAAGAUGGAUCUCUUAUGAGCACAGAACACGCGGUUGGAGCUUUGCUUUCUAUGUGUCAGAGCUGCCGAGAUAAAUACCGGGAACUCAUUCUUAAUGAAGGUGCAGUCCCAGGCCUGCUUCGAUUGACUGUAGACGGCACAGCUGAAGCUCGGGAGAGAGCUCGUACACUGCUAGAUUUGCUUAGAGAUUCUCCCCAGCAAAAGCAAUUGGCGUCCUCAGUUUUGGAGAGAAUUGUAUAUGACAUUGCCACAAGGGUUGAUGGAGCUGAUAAAGCUGCUGAAACUGCAAAGAGGUUACUGCAAGACAUGGUUAAAAGAAGCAUGGAGCAUAGCAUGAGCCGCAUCCAGCAGAGAGCUGCAUCUUGUACACCUUCCAAUACGCAGUCUACAUAAUGUAUAUCUUUUUGGCUGUAGGAGUUUCACAAAACACUGGGUUAGAGUUUUAAUCUGAAUCUAUGUAUUUGUUUGGGCAGUUAAAACUCUGCACCCUGCUAAAUCACUGGGGUUGAAAUCUUGGAUUAGAUUAGGGGGUGAUCAAGUGGCAUUAUGGGGGUCCAUUGUAUAUCUCUCAACUUUGGUCAUGUAUAUAUAAAAAUUUACUCUGCUAUUUUACUGCACA